AAGGAUAACAUUGCGGCACCGUGGCCACAUAUGGCCGCACAGCUGGACGGCGGUGUUUUCCCGUCGGCUCGAUAGCGCGACCUGCCAUGUGGGUUCGGUCGCGUGCGACGUAAGCUCGACGGGAAUUCGCGAUUCGAUGCGAAUUCGAUGCGAGUCCAAGCGAUCCCGGACACGAAGCGUGUCGGAUAACAACAACAACAAUAACAAUAAUAAUAAUAACAGCGGAUCUCACGAAUUGAGUAAUGAGCGCGCUGUGCAUCGACCGGGGAACGAGACGAGUCUUAUCUUAGAGCUGCGAAUGUGACACGCCUGCAUUAAGAAUGUGGUUACCAAUGGGAAACAAUGGCCUCCCGAUUUUCCUACUGUGCCUGCUCGGUGUGUUCGCCACCGGGUCGCAUUGCCUCGAGGUGAUAUACGCGAUCAACGCGGGCGGCGAAUCGCACACGGACAGCUAUGGGAUACACUACGCCAGGGAUCCCCUCAUGGGGAAAGUCGGCACGGCUUCCGAUUAUGGUAAGCAACUGAUCAUAGGACGCAUCGGCAACGUGGACCAGAUCCUGUAUCAAACCGAGCGCUAUCAUCACAAUACGUUCGGCUAUGAUAUCCCGAUCAGCCAAGAUGGAAAUUACGUUAUGAUACUCAAGUUCUGCGAGGUGUACUUUAACUCGCCAAACAUGAAGGUCUUUGACGUCGUGCUGAAUGGUGAUCAUACCGUGGUCACUGAUUUGGAUAUCUUUGAAAGAGUCGGUCGAGGUGUUGCUCAUGAUGAAUAUGUUCCAUUCAGGGUACAAGGUGGAAAGUUGAUAUAUAAUGAUGAGGAGUCGGACAUUCUGGCAGGAAAGAUAAGAGUGGAGUUUAUAAAGGGUUACAGAGAUAAUCCAAAAAUAAAUGCCAUAGCAGUUGUGAAAGGUACCUUGGAUGAUGUACCACAAUUAGGACCGAUACCACCUGAUCCAGAGGACUAUCACAGUUUGCAAGAGGAAGAGGAGGAAACUACCGUGCGUAGUAGACAUACGAGCGGGCCCAGAACACCUGACCCGUACUUGAUAGACGAUUCCUCUGUAAUGUUACCUGUUUUCGUAGCCAUCGGCGCUUUUAUCCCACUAUUGUUCUGUUUAUGUAAAUUAUAAGCGAACACACGCACAUGUGCAUAAAAAUGCCUUGUACUUAACGGUAACAGUGUUCCCGAUUAUUUAGGCUCGCUCGACUUAUGAGAAGAUGUCUAAAUAGUGUAAAUAGAUAAACGUUUAUUUACGCUCCUCCGUUGCAUUGCCAGAUUUAUGUGACAAUAUUUAUUAUUAAUUUAUAAAUGUAGAUAUUAUAUAAAAAAUAUUAUCUUUUUGCACUUUUAUUUGAAUAUUGGAGCAUAUUGGAGGAGAAUUAUCAUUUCGAUAAAAAAAUUGAUAUUAUCCUUC